AAUAGACUAAAGAAAACACAUGGAUGUGGAUUUGGGAUUUGCUGAUAAGCCCGAAGAUGCUGGAUGGCUUGUCAAUAGAUACUUUCCAAGUAAAUUAGGAGGUCUUCCUGCUUGGUUGGAGUUGAAAGAGCUGCCGACCACUACACAGCUACAGUGCAAGAAGUGUCAAGCUCAAAAGGCGUUUCUUUGCCAAUUGUAUGCAGACUACGAGGACGAUUUUAACUUCCACCGCACAGUUUACGUGUUUAUGUGCCGCAAUGCUGACUGUCAACAGGCCAAUAGGGCAGACAACUUUACAGUGUUACGUUCGCAGCUGCCGCGAAGCAACAAGUUUUACUCUGAGGAGGAGCCGUCCGAUGAUGUGCUUUUGCCUGCCAUAGAAAGCCCGCGGAAGUUGUGCGCUGCUUGCGGUUGCCUCGCACCACACUCUUGCAGUCGCUGCAAGAUCAUUAGCUACUGCUGUGCUGCUCACCAACGUGCUCACUGGCCACAACACAAGCCAGAUUGCGGCACCACAAAGGUUAGUACUACAUGCAGACCUUUGCCCGAUUUGGUGUUUGCCGAAUAUGAAAUAAAUAUGGAACAUAAUUUGGAGGAAGAUGAUACGCAUGAAAAGGAUGAACAAGCACGAAUGUCGGAGUUUAUUGCACUUUCGGAAGCAGGCAAAACGGGUGAACUAAGCGACGUACCUGAAAAUGAGCUGGAAAAGUAUUUUGAUGGCGCCAGCUCGCAAGAGGACAAAGUCUUCCAGCAGUUUAAGAAACAAACUGCUGCUAAGCCGGAUCAAAUAGUGCGCUAUGAGCGCGGUGGUCAGCCACUGUGGAUUGCCAACACUAAAGAUACGAUAGAAGCGCAGUUACAAGCAAUUCCCAACUGUAGUAAAUGCGAUGGACCUCGUCAGUUUGAGUUUCAAAUAAUGCCACAAGUGCUGAGUUUGCUGGGCGACUCAGUCUUGGAUUGGGGUGUGCUGGCGGUAUACACCUGUGCAAGAAGCUGUCGCAUUGAAGGCUAUGUGGAGGAAUACUUAGUCAAGCAGGAUAUAGUAGCAUGAGCUUCAUACAAAUCAAUUUAUUAAUAAAUCAAAAAGUAAACACAAA